UGGAUGAAAAACAUCUGGAUCUGCCUACACGGGACUCCAGCCAAAAGCCCCACGCCCAACCAGUUGUUUCACUGAAUACAGCUUCAAUAAGCCCACUACUCACAUUCUCAAAUACAUAGAAAGACACAGUUCGACCACGACGUUUUGACCGGGUUUACAUUUUUAUGAUAAGAUUAUGGGGUGCUGGAGAUUCUCGGCAGUGAAUAUUGUUCUUCUGUCUUUCUGCCUUCCCAUCCUCUCCUUCACACACAUCAAGCCCAGGCUGUGUAAGUGGUGUGACUACUCCAGCCCUAUCUGUGAGGACAGUGUGUGUUACACCAACUGCUCCCUCUCCUCCUUCUGUUAUCUGAGUGAAGAGAUCUGCGUUGCUAUAUGGCGGAAGGACAACCAGAGUAUGAGUGUGAAGACGUUAUGCCACCAGCCCCAGCAGCCUCUGGAUAACAUCUUGUUGUCCAACUACUCUUCCAACGAGUGUGUGAUGGCUCCUCAUCCUUCUGAGGACGGGGUCCUUUUCGUCUGUGGCUGCCUGGGAGAUCAUGAGUGCAACGAUAAGCUCAUAUUCGACAAGGGCUCCAAUGGUUUUCCCAAGCUCAAGAGUAAAGAUGUGAUCCCAGUGGUAGUGAUCAGCCUGGUCCCUCCCAUCUUAGUGGCUAUCAUUGCUGCCAUGGCUUUCUACCUGUACCGUACCAAACAGCCCAGCAAGCAGCCCAAAGACUGGGCACCCAAACGCACACACUACAAGAACAGCACAAACUGGCUCUAACCAGAAUAGAAAGAGGAGUGGGAGGCCCCGGUGCACAACUGAGAAAGAGGACAAGUACAUUAGAGUGUCUAGCUU